CUCUGUUGUGGGUGGUGACGCAGCCAGUGGUUUAGUAUUGUUACUAGCUGAAAGAGAGAAAAAAAGAGUGUGUGUGUGUGUGAUUUAGGGAGAGAGAGAAAGGGGAGUCAAUGGAGGUGGAUUCAGCCAGAGGCAUUCUCAUGCAGGGACCGGCUAGGCAGAACUUCUGAAAUCAAGACGGGAAGGCUCUUGCCACGUCUCUCGACUAUCUCAGCACUCAUGCACGGACUGUAGAGAGGGCGGUGACCGCUGUCUUUGAGCAUCGGUUCUUGUGGCAGCACCGAGUCGAGAGGCCUAGCGGCAUUGUAUGUGCUGUCUGAGUCGGGAGAGCUUAGUCCGUCUCUACAGAUUGGAAUUAUAAUGUCCGAGCGGACGGCGGUGUCAUUUCAGCAGACUCUUGACAGAAACAUUUUCUUCAAAAAAACGAAAGACCUUAAGUUUUCUACUCAGAGUGCUCCUGGCUGGAAGUUAUUUGGGAAAGUCCCACCAAGAGAAAAUCUCCAGAAAGAUUCCAGAACAAUUCAACAGGAGGACAGUUCUGGCAGUCUUAGAUCUGUGUCAACGCCAAAUCUGUUAAACGCAGGGAUAUCUGAGGAGGAAUAUGAAGCUAGGACAGGAAGGAUAUGUAAGCCCCAGGCCCAGUCGUCAAGACGGAAAAACCUUGAAUUUGAACCACUUUCAACCACAGCACUUAUUCUGGAAGAUCGUCCCGCAAAUCUGCCUGCCAAGUCUGCAGAAGAGGCACAGCGACACAGACAAGAAUAUGAUGAGAUGGUUGCAGAAGCAAAGAAAAGAGAGAUGAAAGAAGCUCUGAAAAGAAAGAAAAUAAUGAAAGAACGCUUCAAACAGGAAGAAAAUAUUGCUAAUGCUAUGAUUAUUUGGAACACUGAAGUUCUUCCAAAUUGGGAAACAAUGAGACAUACGCGAAAAGUUCGAGAUUUAUGGUGGCUAGGUCUUCCACCUAGUGUUCGAGGAAAAGUGUGGAGUUUAGCAAUAGGAAAUGAACUCAAUAUUACUCAUGAGCUUUAUGAAAUUUUCCUCUCCCGAGCGAAGGAACAGUGGAAGAGUUUAAGCGAGACAGUGUCAGAGAAUGAUACAGAAGAUUCAGGAGCAUCCAUUUCUGACCGUGAAGCAAGUUUGGAGUUGAUAAAACUUGAUAUAUCCCGUACAUUCCCAUCUCUGUUCAUCUUUCAAAAGGGUGGCCCAUACCAUGAUCUGUUACACAGUGUUUUAGGAGCAUAUACAUGUUACAGACCUGAUGUUGGUUAUGUGCAAGGAAUGUCAUUCAUUGCUGCGGUGCUUAUUCUCAACCUGGAAGAAGCAGAUGCCUUCAUAGCCUUUGCCAACCUUUUGAAUAAGCCAUGUCAAAUGGCUUUUUUUCGUGUAGAUCAUAGUAUGAUGCUGAAAUACUUUGCAGCAUUUGAAGUGUUCUUUGAAGAAAAUCUCCCCAAACUAUAUAGCCACUUCAAGUCAUAUGGCCUUACCCCAGAUAUUUACCUAAUAGAGUGGAUCUUCACAUUGUAUAGCAAGUCAUUACCACUGGAUCUGGCCUGCAGAGUCUGGGAUGUCUUUUGUCGAGAUGGAGAAGAGUUUUUGUUUAGAACUGCCCUAGGAAUCCUCCGAUUAUAUGAAGAUGUACUCCUUCAGAUGGACUUCAUUCAUAUAGCUCAGUUUCUCACCAAAUUGCCUGAAGAUAUCACCCCAGAGAAGCUGUUUAACUGUAUUGCAGCGGUACAGAUGCAUAAUAGUAAUAAGAAAUGGACUCAAGUCUUUGCUACAUUAAUGAAGGACAACAGAGAAGGAGAAAAAAAUCAUAGCCCUGCACUAAAAAAUUAACACUAACAUGGUUUGCAUGUUGGCUGAAAUACAGAAACAAUCUCACUUGUGAGGGAAGAAAAAACUGAUAUGUUUGGAAACCACUACAGAUAAAAACAACUGAACUGAGAAAACCAAAAAGGAAAGGAAAAACAAUGUUUGGCUUCUUGUUGAUGUGGAGUCUUGAACAUCAUUGUGGAUGAGAAAAGAAAAAUGUUUACAUUGUUGCCAGUAUUAGAAAAGUCACUAAAAGUUGGAUUUGUGCAAAGAUGUUUCUUUUUACAUUUGUAAAAUAAUGUGGUAUUUUAUUCUGGACUACACUGGUGGCUGACUGAAAGAUACCACUUUCAUGAGUCACUUUUCGGAUAUCAACAUAAAGAACUGAAAGCUCUGUGAGGUAAAUGUCUCAUGGCAGGUAUACAUUUCCUUGAAGAGUUAAAGCACUUUCACACUCCACAUUCCUCUAACAGGAAUAUACUACAUUGGUUAAAAUUGUUAGAAUGAAUCACAGAGUUAACACCCCCUUGAUGUAGCAACAUGAUGCAGCAUUUUCAAGAGUGUUGAUCCAGGUACCAGUGCUCAUAGUCCCAUUGGACAGUUGCUCCAUGUCUUUACAGUUGGAUCAGUUUUCAGAAAAAAAAAUGUAUAGGCAUUACAUUUUACUGUGGAGGCUUAAUAGAUAUGCAAAACAAAAGUAGACUGUUAAAAGAGUUCCAGUAGUCUGCUAAGUCAGACCUUUUGACACAGCACUACAGUACCUUGACUGUUUUCCUUUUUGUAGCUUUGUGUUUCCAGGCAGAGUCUGUUUGGAUAUUCUUGACAAUUAUGCCUUCAUUAUAGCUAUGUCUGCAGUGUUGAGUACACACAAGAGUAUCUCAUUAUCAGAAAUGGCCAUGUUCCACCACUGCAUGCUGACUGACACUACAUUCUCUGAAAAGGCGUCAUAGGGUAAAUUCUUAGUACUUGUUAUCAUUAGGUAUUACCAUUCUUUCAGUGAAGGUCUGAAAAUUUGGUUGAGUUCAGGCAUUUUAAGCAUAGACUCAGUUGCACUUUUUUAACACUUUUAUCCACUGAAGGCCAAAGAGAGGCCACACCUGAUUUGCAGAGUGACAGUAUUAAAGUUACACAGACAAUAUUAAUUUUUAAGAAAAGAUGUAUUUUUUUCUUCAGGGAAACAAGUCUCAUCUCUUCCAUGUUCCUUUCUAGAGACGCAUCUCUUUACUGGUCUGUUUGUCCCACAACAUGCUGAUGUGGGUAACAUGUUUAAUUUUGUCAGUGGAACAUUCCAGUAUGGUAAGACACUGGAAUUUUUGAAAUUUGCAGUACAUAGCUUCAGAGUAGAAACUGGGAAGGCUUAACUGAGUGGCUUCAUAAGACAAAGAUACCACAUGCAUCUCAUUUUGCAAUAUUAUCCUAAUUUUUCUGUCAUCGUGCUUAAGGUCAGGUAAGUUUCUCUUUGACUGUGAUUAUUGCCUGCCCUUAAAGAAGCUCAUUAUUCAGACUUGUUUCUUUUUUAGUUAGAAUCCAGUUAAUAGUUUAGAUUACAACAUUAUUUAAAGAAUUUUUUAUGAAGUGUUGUUAUGGUACAAUAAUUGGGCUUUUUUCAGUUAAAUACCAGUUUUAUUACCAGUGGUAUUUUUCUGCAAUUGUCCUCUAACAUGCAGAACAACCCAAGUUCUCUUCGUGUCCUGUUAUUCUACUCCCUUGCACUGAGAUAUUUUUCAUGUGUAACCAAAGUAUAAAAAUGCCUAUCUAAAUCUGUAAAGGACUUUUCACAAGUUUCAUGUUCCAGUUUAGUUUUACUUUAUUUCGGAAUGGAUUAUCCUUGUCAUUUUAUUUUUAAUGUUUACUUUCUCAGCUCUAUAAAUGUUUAAAAAACUAAAAUUAUUUUCUUAACUGUAUUAAUUGUUCCAUUUUUCAUGUUUGUGACAUAAUUCAUCUUUUGAAGCACUUUUAUGUUAAGUUGUAUGUAUUAAUAUUUCUUGCUUGUGAUUACUAUUAUAUUGGGAUCCCUUUCUGAAACCACUUUUGUCAGCUUUUUGAUUUUCAGAACCAGUAUUUGCAUUCUUAGUGUAUGUGGGGAGGGAGACAGUCACAUUGCUCCAGUCUUUAUCAAAGUAGCAAUCUGUUUUUUUUUUACUCUGAAAACACGCUGCUAGCUGCCCGCUCCCAUCUAUAAAAAGUAUAUAUAUAUAUA